AUGCAAGAGCUGGAACGUGAAGAGGACUCUCAGCUUGUCCAUCGCGACAAGAAGCAAUUCUUCAUUAAAGUUAUUGACAGUUUCGCUUGCCCACCGGGAAAAUACGGUCCGAACUGCUCCGGGACAUGUUCUCAACACUGUUUCACAGAAUAUAAUUGUGAUAAUACCAAUGGAAACUGUGCAUCAUGCAAACCAGGCUACAAGGGAGACACAUGUAAUGAAGAAUGCCAAAACAAAACGUAUGGAUAUUAUUGUAUGAACCAUUGCUCCGUCGGUUGUUCCAACAUAUGCAAUAAAACUGAUGGUCAGUGUAAUUGUCUAAAUGGAUACAAAGGAAACAUGUGCACUGAAAAAUGCCCAAAUGGUACCUAUGGUGAUAAAUGUGCACAAAACUGUUCUCAAUUUUGUGUACCGUCCACAUGCAGUUCCGAAAAUGGCUUUUGCGACUGCCUACCGGGCUAUAAGGGGGAUAAAUGCGAUGAAGUAUGUUCUCUCGGAAAUUGGGGACCAAUGUGUAUCAACAACUGUAGUGUCCAUUGCUACAAUACUUCUUGUGAUUUUCAAACUGGUUCCUGCAAUUAUGGAUGUAUCGAAGGGUUCCAAACAGCCAAUUGUACUGAGCCGUGCAAUAAAACCCACUAUGGAAAAAACUGUGUGAAUGAAUGCUCAUGGAACUGUACCAGGUCAGAAUGUAACAGCACCACUGGCGUAUGUGAGCAGUGUGUUCCUGGUCGUUAUGGAAAUUAUUGCGAUGAAGAUUGCCCAGAUGGGAAAUAUGGACAGGACUGUAUAAAUGAGUGUAGCAUCUCGUGCAAGGACGGGUGUCAUCCCGUAAAUGGUACCUGUAUAAACGGCUGUCAGGAUGGGUUCCUAGGUCCUUUCUGUAACGCAACUUGUGAUGAAAAUCAUUUCGGCCCAGCUUGCUCCAGUGCAUGCAGCUUGCAUUGUGAGGGUGUCAAUAACAAUAACUCUAGAAUCUGUCACAGUGUAAACGGAAGCUGUCUACUUGGUUGCUCACGUGAUUUCACUGGCCCACAAUGCUUUGAAGCAAUAAAUUCCGGCUCUAGUCCACCAGUUGGCGCUAUUGUUGGAGCUGCUAUUGCUGCAUUGGUCAUCAUCGCUUUGAUUAUAGUUACUGUAGUACUCUGGAGACGAAAACAUCCGAAAAAAGAGAGAACGUCGUUUAAAGAAAGAAACAUAACUCAUUUGAUCUUGCCUGAGAAAGAUAUUGAAGAGAAAGUGUCAGAAGAGAUUGAGACCCCAAAAGAAGACGACGACCCUGGAUUUAUACCGGAUGCGACGUACUACAACACCUCGUCAGAGCCUCUAGUCAAUAUGUCGAUGCCGGUACAUGAACUGAACAUUUACAUGAAAUCCCAUGAUAAAGAAUUUUUCACUGAACAAUUUAAGAAAAUACCUCAAGCACAAGAUGUAACGACGGAAGUAGCAGAGAAUGAAAAGAAUAAAGUCAAAAAUAGAUAUAAAAACAUAUGCCCAUAUGAUCAUUCCAGAGUUCAUUUGCUGAUAAACACUGGGAAGAAAGAAGGAGAUUAUAUUAACGCCUCUUACAUCAGGGACAACAACGACAAAGUCAAAUUUAUUGCGUCUCAAGGUCCAAAUAAGGCGGUCCUCAAUGACUUUAUACGUAUGCUGUGGGAGCAACAUGUUGACAUUGUGGUCAUGUUGACAAAUUUAGUUGAAGAGGCAAAGGUGAAGUGUGAACAGUAUUGGCCAGAGAGCGGGAAAGUCAGCUAUGGCGACACUAAAGUUCAAGUAAUCCAAGCCAAAACGUUUGCUGAUUACACAAUACGAACGAUUGAACUUAAUCAGUACAAUGGAGGGACUCGAAUUCUCACUCAGUAUCAUUUCACGUCAUGGCCAGACCAAAGCGUUCCGAAUUCUCCAUGGGCUCUGGUCGAUCUUGCGAUGAAGGUUUUGGCUCACCCCACAACUCAACCAAUAGUCGUGCAUUGUAGCGCUGGUGUGGGAAGAACUGGUACAUUCAUAGCCCUGCACAAUGUUCUAAAAGACGCCGAGGAAACAAACAGGAUAGACUUUUACAGCACUCUAGUCAGGUUAAGACAAGACAGAAUAUUCAUGAUACAAACACCGGACCAAUACGAGUUUCUGCAUCGGGCUGUCCAAGCUGCCUUGAUAUGUACCCCAACAGUAGUCUCUGUCAGCGAAUGCAGUGAAAGAGUUAAAGAACUUUUAAAGAAAGAAGUCUCAGGAUUGAGCAAAAUUGAAAAAGAAUAUCGGUCUAUAAAUCUGGUAAGUAAAGACAUCAGAAACUCACAGCUAGACGACAACGAGGUUGAAAAGUCGACUAAAGAAAAAGUUUAUCAAAACACACACGAGUUAAAGAAAGAUGGUCAGAACAGAUUUCCUAACAUAAUGCCUAGAAAGUUUGACAGACCUUAUUUAGUCUGUGAACAAAAGAACAUGAGUGACUACAUCAACGCUGUUUUUACUCCGGCAUUGUUCAAAAAAGAUCAACAUAUCAUAACGCAACUCCCAAUGCCUCAAACAGUUUCAGAUCUAUGGAGGCUAGUCAAACAGUACAAAAUUUCUUUAAUGGUGGCUUUUGAACUAGAAAAACUUGGAACAGAUAAGACAAUGACUGUUUAUUUACCGAUCGUCGUCGACUCUUCGCUUGCUUUGGGCAACAUAGAGAUCCACUGUACUGCAAUCAAUGAUAAAGACUUAUGGGAGGAACAAAUCUUAAAAGUUCGAAAUGAAAAAUCUAAAUCUGAUAGCCAGGAUGUGGUUCAUUUAAAAUGUAAAGAUACUGAAAUGGAUGUAAAGAAACUCUUAUCUUUGAUCCUGAAAAUAAGAGCGUACACUGCUUACACUAGCGGAAGGACUUUGUUUUUGUGCAGGAAUGGUGCUACCUUCAGUGGACUGUGUAGUGUACUUUGUACUGUACUAGACAGACUGGAUGAGGACGCUAAAGUCUCAGUUCCUCUUGUUGUAGGUGCAAUGAAAACUGUCAGGCCAGAAGUCAUUCCAAAUUUGGAACAAUACAGAAUUGUUUAUGAAGUUCUGGAGAGAUAUUGCACAACUGCUAGUCCUUACACCAACGUUGGAGGAGAGAAACUACCAUUGACUAUACCAUUGACUACACCAUUGACUACACCAUUGACUAUACCAUCUCAUAUAAUAAACAAUCCCACAUUUGAUGAGAAUUCAACAGACCCUUCCAGUGUAUAUAACAAUGUUUGAUUUUGUGAAAUAAAUCCUUAUUUUUUAGAAUACACUGGAAUUAACUUAAUUUAGUUAAUGAUCAGUGUGAUCUUAAAAAAAAAACGGUUUUUAUAUAGGUAGAUCAAUUUGUAAAUCGCCUAGCACUAUUCUGAUUGUAAAAAAACAGACUUAGCUAUUACUUUAGACGCUUACCUCACUGUAACAAUCUGGCCAGAAAAAAACGGGCAUACAUUGUAUCAUAUUAAAAGAGCCUACGUGUUGCAUUUAGUUAUAUUUCUAUUUUGUUUUCAGUUACUUUUAUUGUUAUUAUUAUUGUUUUUGUUAUUAUUGCUAUGGUUUUGAGGUAACUAGACUUUUGUACCUAGAAGUAAUUUUUUGUCAAGUAGAAAAUUCUGAUUUUUUGUCUCUUUUGCUUUCUUUUCUGUCUUUUUCUUUUCUAUCAGUUUGUCUGUCUCUCUGUCUGCCUUUCUUUUUGUCUGUCUGUAUGUACGAAUUCUGCCAAGUCAUUGGCUUUACUGGCUAGCUCAGGCAAUCCAUUUCAUGCUCUAAUAGCACUAGGGAAGAAGUAGCAUUUGUACAAAUUUGUCCUAGCAUAUGGGAUGAGGAAUGUGCCUUUAUCUUUGUGUCUUUCAGAGUAUUUUAUUAAAUUUUGUUUUUGUACUUUUAGAAUAUGACACCACACUGCUAUGAAACAAAAAUCUGGCCAGUUAACGCCCUAUUACAUUUGACCACUUUCAGUAGCAGGCUUCUUUGUAUAUAAGCUACUAAUAAUUUAUUUGCUUUUAACUAAUUACCACUUUAUCUUUAUUUUAAAAGGUAGACACAAAUUUCUGAGUUUAUUAUUUUCAUUUUUAUUUUCAUAAUUAUAAAACAAAUGUUAAAUUGGCCUAACAAGAUUUGUUUUAUUUUAUUGGGCAAAUUAUCAAAAUUUAGAUGCAGCUAUUGUCAGAGCGUAUAAAUUUUUUGUUCAGUUUCUUCAAUUGAUUUUUUUUUUAAGAAUGUAGUAUUUACAAUAUUGAAAUUAACUUGAUAAAAGUAAAUAUAUGAAUAAACACGAUUGGUAUAGAAA